CCCAAGGUGGUCGCGUGGUGGCGGAGCAGAGGACAGGCGCACGGCUCCUUGGGAGUUGUAGUUUUCCAGGGGAACCGAGAAGGGCGAGGCCGCGCUAGGCAUCCUGGGAAUUGUAGUGUACCCUUUACGCAGGCGCAAACUGACAGCCACUUCCGGGCUCCAAAGUCGCAAUCUUCAGGAGAAAAUCUCUUGGAGUUUCUCAGAGGGACAAUGGCCACCUAUAGCCUGGCGAAUGAGCGAUUACGCGCCCUGGAAGACAUCGAAAGGGAAAUCGGCGCCAUCCUCCAGAAUGCAGGGACUGUGAUCCUGGAACUGUCCAAGGAAAAAACCAAUGAGCGGCUCCUAGACCGGCAGGCGACGGCCUUCAGCGCUUCAGUGCAACACGUGGAGGCGGAACUGUCGGCUCAGAUCCGUUACCUCACACAGGUGGCCACAGGACAGCCCCAUGAGGGCUCUAGCUACUCUUCAAGGAAAGACUGUCAAAUGGCUCUGAAGCGAGUAGACUAUGCCCGCCUCAAGCUCAGUGAUGUUGCCCGAACCUGUGAGCAGAUGCUGGAGAGUUAAGCCGCAAAGUGGAUCCAGAGUAAAGUAGGAAACCAUGACCUGCACUCUGGGAUAGAACUAGAGGCCUGUAGGAUGGGGUGUGUGGACUGACACAUACAUGCCCUGCUGCGAUGUCAGAGUCAACUUGAACAAAGGGGCAGAAGGCAGAAAUGAAGGAACUAAAAUUGAAGCCUGUCCACAGCUAAGCCCUGGCUCCUCCAGCAGGGUGCUCCUGUUAUACACUUCACAGGCUCAGACGGGAACUGGAGAUUCAGCCACCCAACCCACUUCUUUAUGCCACACAUACCUCCCCUUCUUGGGCUUCCCAAAACCUUGGCCCAAUGAAGUCUCAUUCUUCGUUAUUGAAAGAACCAAAACAUAAAUUGCAAUUUUAACUUUUUUUUUUUUUUUUUUGUGAAACCGGGGAUUGAACUCAGGCCCUUGUGCUUGCCUGGGAA